AUGCAGCAGAGAAGCGGGCACAUUCCCGCAUCGGUUGGCGGAAUGCAGCAGCGAGCAACUGGGGGCGUUCAAUACGGCUACGGUGGAGGGAGCAUUCCAGGAGCCACUUCGAGCACUCCGGGUGGAAUGAUCUAUGGCGGCCAGUCCCACCCACCGACCUCUGAUGCCUCUGCCUACAUGCCCUACGGUGCUGGUGCAGCAGGCUAUCGCCCAGCGGCAGCGCCGGCUGCCGCUUAUUCCAUGCCCGCGGCUGCCGCGUCACCCUAUUCUCUGGGGGCAUCGGCACCGCCACCAGCGGCCUCCACGCCCGUGCCUUCUUCUCCCGCGUCACUCUAUCAGCCUUCCCCCUCAUCUGUCGUCUCUCCCUCCACUGCAGCCUUGUCCUCUCCUUCGCCCUACGCACGUCCCGUCACGGCACACGUGCCCUCGUCACCAUCUUCCUCGGGAGGAAUGCGGUCGUCCAUACCGCCAGGCUCCAGCGUCUCAUCUUCCUCAUCGUCCUCCUCGUACACGGGAGCGCCGCUGAGCCUCUCCACGUCACACGUCAAGCGAGAGCCCUACCCCGUGCCCACCUGGGAACAGAAGGAGCGCGAGUUUCGAGAACAACAGCAGCAACAGCAGCAACAGGCACAGCAGCAACAGCAACAGCAACAUCACCCGGCGUACUCGCACCAAGCCUCGCAUUAUCAGCAGCAGCAGCAGCACCACCACCAGCACCAGCAGCCACCGCAACAGCAACCCGCUCCAGGCAAGUGCUCUCCCUUACACCUGCACGGGGCGUUUGCGACGAGAGGCGACGCGUUCAAGAGGCUCGCGCUUGUCGCCAGCGCACUCGAUUCGCCCACACCGGCCUUCGACGCCGAGGAGUGGGAAACGGCCAGCAAGAGCAAGUGCGCCGCGAUCAAUAACAAAACUGAGGCCGCCACCAAGCGCUUCGUCUCCCUACUUCAGGCCGAGAUGGACUACGGCGGGCACCCCGAAGACACAAUUUUGAUUCUCCAACUGCAGUGCGCCGACCUCCAGCACGAAAUCUGGGCAGAGCGGCAGCGGGAGCACCGACUCGCGGCCAGUGCUGCAGCGGCCCACCACGGCGGCGGCUUCUCCGCCAUGUCGCCCUACGGCUCCGCCUCGGAGAGCAGCAGCUACUCUCCCGUCGUACCCUCCUCUCCCUACGGCCACCCCACCUCCUCCUCUUCGGCCUCUCAACAACCAUCAUCAUCGUCGCCCUACCCCAGCUUCCAACACCCCUCACACCCCGCCUACGGUCCCUCCUCGUCGUCGAUGCCUGGUGGCGGCGCCUACGCCACCGUGAACGGGCCACCGGCCACCAUGUCGCCAGCCCACCUGCCCCCGCACCACCCCUCGCCUUCCACCAACUACAGCUACCCGCACUCUGCCUACUACCAGUAA